AUAUUUGAGUGGCUAAAAGUGUUGGAUUAUUAUGUUGUUAAGGAAAUUUUACGCAGAUUACAAGGCUCUUAAUGGAAUUCCUGUAAUUGGUCUAAUUAUUUCUGAUUAUGUGAAGUGGGCAGUUGGCAGUUUAAUUUCACUGGAAAAAGCUGUAUGCAGCAACAAUGCGGCCACCAUUGCUGUGGAGGAUGGCAUCGAAUGUCCCAGAGACCAAUCGGACACUUCAUUUGUAGUGCAAAUUCCAUCGCCUAGCAACUGUGGUAUUUUCUAUAAGUGCGAUCGCGGACGUCCGAGGGUGAACAAAUGCCCGGAGGGCUUGCAUUAUAGUAAGCGCUUAAUGGCUUGUGACUUCCCCUCGCGAGCUCAGUGUACAAUUGCUGUUGCAGAAUAAUUUAUUGCGUCAAAAUAUUUAAAGAAAUGAUGUAAACAAU